AUUGUGUCUGGAGUCAAGUAUGUAAUGAAAGUUGAGAUUGGCCGGACAACUUGCCCAAAACCAGCAACUAAUCUCCAGAGCUGCGCUUUCCAUGAUGCACCGCAGAUGGCUAAGCAUGCCAUUUGUGACUUCGUAGUGUACACUGUUCCUUGGUUAAACCAAAUCAAACUACUGCAGAGUAAAUGCGAAUAA